UCCUCAUUUCUUGUAUGGUCGAAAAUAGUGAAAAAGACACUCAAGAAGGGGAAGAAGAUAAAGAAAAACAGCAUAUACAGGUCCCCAAAGCUUGCUCAAUCUUAGAUCUUUAAUGGCGACUCCGGUGAAAGUGUACGGCCCACCUCUCUCCACAGCUGUAUCAAGAGUCCUGGCUUGUCUCAUUGAGAAAGAUGUGGAUUUCCAGCUCAUCCCCGUUAACAUGGCUAAAGGAGAACACAAGAAGCCUGAGUUCCUCAAGAUUCAGCCGUUUGGUCAAGUUCCAGCGUUUCAAGACGACACUAUCUCCCUCUUUGAAUCAAGAGCCAUAUGCCGCUACAUUUGCGACAAGUACCCAGAAAGAGGAAACAAAGGAUUGUACGGAACCAACCCCCUGAUAAAAGCUUCCAUAGAUCAAUGGAUGGAAGCUGAAGGACAGAGCUUUAACCCACCAAGUUCGGCUCUGGUUUUCCAGCUGGCUUUUGCGCCGCGAAUGAAGAUCAAGCAAGACGAAGGUGUGAUCAAGCAGAACGAAGAGAAGCUGGAGAAGGUGCUGAAUAUUUACGAGAAAAGACUUGGGGAGAGUCAGUUUUUGGCCGGUGACGAAUUCUCUUUGGCUGAUCUUUCGCACUUACCAAACACACAUUAUUUGGUAAAUGCAACCAACAGGGGAGAGCUGUUUACUUCGAGAAAGAAUGUGGAGAGGUGGUGGUCUGAGAUCUCCAGCCGCGAUUCUUGGAAGAAGGUGGUUGAUAUGCAGAAGACUCCAUGAAUUUUUUCGCUUGUUUUGUGAUUUGUCUUCUUUAUUUAGUAAUUCGGUUGUUAAAUAAUUCCGAGACCUAUUUCUUUAAGAAUUACUAUUUAGUAUUUACAAUA